AUGUCCUUGCCAUUUGGUGAAGAAAAUGAAAAUACUGACGGAUCAGGACGCCGAAACGGUACAUAUUUGGUGCCUGCUAGGAAGUGUAGCGGUAAUGGAAUAAUGACGCAAAAAUUGAUGCGAGAAGAAAGUACUUGUAGCGUGGAUACAGAAAGAACAGUCGACAUUUCAUCUGCUGAUCAUCACAGUUGGCGGCGAUUGUCCCGUACUACUCGACUUAUUAUUAUGCUAACAAUGACAUUUGCAUUUUUUGCUGUUGAACUGGUAUUUGGAUAUUUAUCGCAUUCAAUGGCACUUGUCGCAGAUUCGUUUCACAUGCUGAGUGAUGUUAUGGCACUCGCUAUUGCAUUCGCAUGCUUAAGAAUUGCAGCCCAUUCAUCCAAGAAAAAUACAUUUGGUUGGGUGCGCGCUGAAGUACUUGGUGCUCUGAUUAAUGGCGUAUUUCUACUUGCCUUAUGCUUCUCAAUAUUGAUUGAAUCACUUACUCGACUUAUCGAGCCACAAACAAUCAAGCAACCGAUUAGCGUACUUGUUGUUGGUGUUAUCGGAUUAUUCAUCAAUUUAAUCGGGAUGUUUAUGUUUCACAGUCAUGCUCACGAGCAUGGCGAGAGCGGCAAAGAUUCUCAGGCACAGCCCCAACUAGGUCGGCGACAAACUCAUGUCACCAUUGAUGGUAAUGAAAGUCAACAUUUAAUGUCUUCUCACCAGGAGGCAGCAAUGGCUAUUGCGAAUCUUCAAGAAGUUCAUCCAAAUGGUUCUAGUCUUAUGGCACAGACUCACAUGAAAACCGACAAAAGUAAGGAAAAAAGAGAAAAAGUAAAGUUAUCGAAGCAGCUGAAUAUGCAGGGCGUCUUUCUUCAUGUAUUGAGCGAUGCAGUUGGUUCAGUUAUCGUCAUCGUUACGGCUCUUGUAUGUUGGCUUGUUCCUGGUCAGGAAGCUCUCAAACUAUACUUAGAUCCUGUUUUGAGUUUGGCUAUGGUUGCAUUGAUGAUUGCAUCAACAUUUCCGCUAGUGCGUGAAACGGCUCUAAUUCUGAUGCAGACCACUCCUGGUUUCAUUGAAGUCGAAGAAAUCAAAAAAGAAUUGCUCAAAAUCAAAGGAGUAGAAGCGGUGCAUGAAUUUCACGUUUGGCGGUUAGUGGGUGAACGAAUUAUCGCUACAGUGCACAUUAAAUUUGCUGAUCUUAAAGCAUAUCUGGCAGCUGCUGAUGAGAUUCGUACAUUAUUUCAUAAUAAUUGCAUUCAUAGUACUACUAUACAACCCGAAUUCUCAGAGAUGGCAAGCGCUCUGGGAAGAAAUGGCACCAGUUGUGCAUUAGCUUGUCCCCCGGAGAACUGCAAGAGAAAUAAUGUAACGUGCUGCAAAAGGACUGUAGAAGGCAAUUAUCUUUCUUCGAAUCGUGAAUCAACCGACUCCAGGAGAAAUAAUGUAACGUUUGCAAAAGGACUCCAGGAGAAAUAAUGUAACAUGCUGCAAAAGGAUUCUAGAAGACGAACAAAGUAAUUAGACAUCACUUUUUCACAAUAAAAUUUUUUGUUACUGGCUUUUGAUCUCCUUGAACUCUAGUUAGCCCUUCUGUAUAUAUGGAACGGAGCGAAAUAUAACUCUCUCCGUUCUUAUGAUUCUUAAUAGUUCGAUGGAAUCAGG